CUGCCCGGGCCGCCCCGGCUGCCAUGCCUUGAGGCUCCCGGCGGCUCCCAUGGCGGUGGCACGGAAAAUCAAAACUUUGUUGACGGUGAACAUCCUGGUCUUCGUGGGGAUCAUCCUCUUCUCCGUGUACUGCCGGCUGCAGGAGCGCUCCCCGGAGCUGGUGCAGAUCGUCCGGAGCGCCGACCGCCGGCUCAGGAGCCGCCACGCCAAGGGGCUGGGCGGCCUGAGCGAGCGGGAGUCCAUCCUGCAGCGCCUGGAGCACCUGGAGGAAGUGGUGUACAACCAGCUGAAUGGUCUAGCCAAGCCCAUGGGACUAGUUGAAGGUCCAGGAGGCUUGGGCCAGGGAGGAAUGGCUGCUACCUUGAGAGAUGACAGUCAUGAAUCUGAGACUAAGUACGAAGAAUAUGGUUACAAUGCCCAGCUCAGUGACAGGAUAUCACUGGAUAGGUCCAUUCCUGACUACAGACCAAAAAAGUGCAAACAGAUGACCUAUUUCGAUGACCUGCCCCAGAUCUCGGUGGUCUUUAUUUUUGUAAACGAGGCUCUGUCUGUCAUCUUGCGGUCAGUGCACAGUGUUGUGAACCAUACCCCAUCCCAUUUGCUCAAGGAGAUCAUUCUGGUGGAUGACAACAGUGAUAACGUUGAGCUGAAGUUUAAUCUGGACCAGUAUGUCAAUAAGAGAUACCCAGGCCUGGUGAAGAUAGUACGCAAUAACAAACGGGAAGGACUGAUUCGAGCCAGAAUCCAAGGCUGGAAAGCAGCAACUUCUCCGAUCGUUGGUUUCUUCGAUGCUCAUGUUGAGUUCAACACUGGCUGGGUGGAACCAGCGCUUACCCGGAUCAAAGAAGAUCGAAAGCGAAUCAUCCUACCAGCUAUUGACAACAUCAAGUACAACACUUUUGAAGUGCAGCAGUACGCCAAUGCUGCCCAUGGCUACAACUGGGGACUCUGGUGCAUGUAUAUAAUCCCACCCCAGGACUGGCUCGAUAAAGGGGACGAGUCUGCUCCUAUCAGGACACCAGCAAUGAUUGGAUGUUCGUUUGUGGUGGACCGAGAGUACUUUGGGGAGAUUGGCCUGCUUGACCCUGGCAUGGAGGUCUAUGGGGGAGAAAAUAUUGAACUGGGCAUGAGGGUCUGGCAGUGCGGAGGAAGCAUGGAAGUGUUACCUUGCUCGAGAGUUGCCCACAUUGAGCGCACAAAGAAACCUUACAACAAUGACAUCGAUUACUAUGCAAAGCGCAAUGCCCUGCGGGCUGCUGAGGUCUGGAUGGAUGACUUCAAGUCACAUGUUUACAUGGCAUGGAACAUCCCAAUGACGAACCCAGGAGUUGACUUCGGAGAUGUUUCAGAAAGAUUAGCUCUACGACAGCGACUGCAGUGCCGGAGUUUUAAGUGGUACCUGGAGAACGUCUAUCCUGAAAUGAGGGUUUACAACAAUACAAUCACUUAUGGAGAGGUACGUAACAGCAAAGCUAGUGGCUACUGUUUAGACCAGGGAGCAGAAGAUGAUGACAAAGCGAUCCUCUACCCAUGCCAUGGAAUGUCCUCCCAGCUUGUCCGCUAUAGUUCUGAAGGGCUCCUGCAGUUAGGGCCUCUGGGCUCCACGGCCUUUCUGCCUGACUCCAAAUGUCUCAUUGAUGAUGGGAAAGGCAGGACCCCUACUCUGAAGAAAUGUGAAGAUGUCUUGAGACCAGCACAAAGACUCUGGGAUUUUACACAGAAUGGUCCAAUCAUCAGCAGAAACACUGGACGGUGUCUAGAAGUGGAAAUGUCAAAAGAUGCCAAUUUUGGGCUCAGACUUGUGGUACAAAGGUGCUCGGGGCAAAAAUGGAUGAUUAGAAACUGGAUAAAACAUGGUCGACAUUGACUACUGGGGCUGAGAAGCCAUCGUCCAUUGCUCGGUGUGCGAUACCUUCAAGGCAUUUGUGUUAAAGCAGACUACUAUGAAAAGGAGUUGAUUACCCAGGGCCAUGGACUAUUAGACACAGGUUAACAAACAGGCAAAUAAGCAUCCUGCCUGACUCUCCCUCAGAUCAAUGGAUGCCCUGGAAAUCUUGGGAUGGUCAAACAGAACAGAGAAGUGGGCUCAUUCCAGCUCUCCCAGAGGAAUUAAAAGACAGCUGUGUCUGUGAUGAGUUCAAAGGGGAGUUUCCUCUACUGCCUCAUUAAAAAGAAUCCUCUGAUGGAUAGCUUUUUAGCUUUAAGUUAUUGACUGGUGCACAACUCCUAUGAUGAAUAAUCAUGUGCCUUUUCUACUGUACUUCCUAUACAAGUGGACUUGGAAAUCCCAUCUUUUCAGCAUGUCUGGUUCAUUGUACUAAACAGCUAAAAACUGUGAAUAAAUAACACUGCAAAAUAUGA